CGCAUUUUUUAAUUAUUUAUUUUCGUGUAAACUGCAGUCUUGAUAUAAAAACAUUGAUGGUCGAUAAUUUAGCCCUGCGUUGAGGGCUCCAGGGAGAACUGUAAAGGAUUAUAAAGUCAGCCCAGACGUCAGUUUUUCUCCAGCGACAUGGCUCGACCACGGCCGCGGGAAUACACGGCUGGAGAUUUGGUUUUCGCUAAAAUGAAGGGAUAUCCGCACUGGCCGGCGAGGAUUGAUGAGCUUCCAGAAGGAGCUGUCAAACCGCCUGCCAACAAGUACCCCAUCUUCUUCUUUGGGACCCAUGAAACUGCAUUCUUGGGCCCAAAGGAUCUUCUACCCUACAAGGAGUAUAAAGAUAAAUUUGGCAAGUCAAACAAGAGGAAAGGCUUCAACGAGGGCCUGUGGGAGAUUGAGAACAACCCUGGAGUCAAGUUCACAGGCUAUCAGGCCAUCCACCAACAGGGUUCAGAAACAGAAGAGGGGGGAAACACUGCUGAUGGCAGCAGCGAGGGGGAGGAGGGCGAAUCCGUUGAGGAAGAAGAUGGCAAGGAGAAGCUGAAGGGGGACAAGACCGGAUCCAAACGGAAAAAGACAGCCACCUCCAAGAAAUCCUCCAAACUGUCGAGGAUCUCAUCUGGAGAGGAUGACCUCGAGAAGGAUGGGAAAGAUGAUAACCGGAAGAGUGGUUCAGAGGGAGGAGACCCCGACAACGACAUCAUCCAAAAUACCACCGACAGUAAGAACCAGAUGCUCAUGGAAGAACAUUAAGUGACGAAAGCAGGAAAGGGAAAUCAUUCUUUGUAGCUGUGAUGUUGGAAAGACGAAUCUACAACAUGAUUUCUCAUCAGCUCCAUCUACUGGCUGCCAUCGUCACUUCCACUUGUCCGCUGGACUUACAGUAUGUGUUUGUAUGAAAGAUGCACCCAUACUGAUACUGGUAUCAGUCAUCAUGUGGAUGCCAGGGUAUAACAGGGCAUUAUGUCACACAGUUUUUUCAGUACUAAAACUUAAUGUCAGAAAUCAAAGCCUUUGUCAUCUUGAACUCUCUGAAAUAGACUGAUAAAUAUUUUAAUCAUUUUUAUCCAGUGACUCUGAAUGCUUCUAACUUUAUGUUACUAAAGAAACAAAGUAUAGCUAGGUAUAGGAUAUUUAAAGGGGCAUUAAGUACUUUUAAGGACUUUUAUCAUGCUCUAUUGGCAACCAUUAGGAGUUGUGAUAACAGUAGCUAUGUUUAUAUAGAGCCUAUUUUCUACUCGGCUCAGACCGAUAGUCAGAAUGGAAAUAUUUGAAAUUGUGAGGUAUGCCCUUUUCAUAACCCGUUAAGUGACAUUAAUUUGUGAAGCAGUUGGUGAGAAGUGUGGGUGGCUUACUUCCCCCCUGUUAAUGACUGCCAAAGUAGAUCUGUUUCUUGACUAGCAAGAAUAGUAGUAAAAUGUCCAUCUUUUUCAACAGUAGGUUAAUUUAAUGCCUGAACAAAAUAAUCUUAACUCAAGGUCUGCUUACUGGAUCAACUUCUUCUCGCAGUCCUCAUUGGCAAUUUUACUUGUUGGCUCAGGUUCACAUAGGAACAGAUAGGAAUGUAUUUAUAGGAAUCAUUAAUGUGGAUAAUUUUGUAGAGAGGGAAAAAAUAUGUAACUGCAGCCAAGUCACAAUUUGACAAUAGUAAGAGGUGAACUAGCUAGAGUAAAGUCUGAUAUUUCAGAAUGACCAGAUGGGUCAGCCGCUGAUAAUUAUCGACCGCUAUUCAGUAAAAGUAGUUCUUUUGGGAUUAAUGCUUUAUAGCCUGCAAUUGGUGUAGGAGGGUUAAUCAGCCACUAGCGAAUCAGUGACUACUCAGCUUUCCUACAUGUGUUUCAUUACAUUUGUAGGUACUCCAUGGGUAGGCUAACCCUACCCACCCUAGAAAUGUAAUGAUGGUUGGCUAAUAUCUCACUAAAACUGAAGUCCCACUCCUUCAGUGAGCGGUGCCCUGCCUGUCCUUGCCCUGUCUUUGCAUUGCUCCUUUGGAGUGUUUGUACUGCUCUGUUGAUUGAAUGGACUCAGUAAAAGCACGUUGUUGUUGUUGACAGAAUGACAAACCAGUAAGACUGACUUUUUGUGGUUCCUUACCUCUACAGUUGCACAGCAUUCAUAGCCUAUGUUACACUGCCACCUGGUGGAGAUCCCAAUACACUGUAAAGCAGUCAAACUGACAUAUACUGCUAUACCAGCUACUAUAGCGAAAAAAAAACGGCUGAUAUGGCUCAUAGACGAUUGUAUUGGCAGAAAAAAAUGCAAUUCUGGCAUCUCUAAUUGAUAGAGAUAUGAUAGAUAUGUUUUGUUUUGGCUUGAGAAUUUGGCUGUUCAGUAGCAGAAAUGCAUUUUUUGUUGGUAAGCAGUUGAAUAUACGGUAGUGACCUGAUAUAUCCACUAAUUAUGUUUUUUGUUCAGCAGCCCAGACCUUGACUAGCUGGCUACAUCCCUGCAACAGUGUAACUCCAGUGGUUUUUCAUGUAAUUUUGGAUUAGAUCUUAUCACAGGCCCAUUAAGAGUUAAUCUUCAGAAAACAUUUUGGCAAGGUUAAAAUGAUGAUUGUAAAUAUACAUUUGCAAAAAUCUGAUGCUACGCUAACCUGUGUAAAAAACAAACAAACAAAUAAAAAAGAAAAAAAACUUCGACGAGAAGAAAUUUGUUCCAUGUCAGUACCACAGCUUCUUCAGGUUUAGGCUGAUAAUGUGUUAGGUAGUUUAAAAAUAUGCCAUAAAAAUAACUAUAUUAACAACAGAGAUGGAACCUAAAGGCCUUCUAAAAUUCUAACUAAUUUUUUUUUUAGCGAAAAGGUCACAGGUAUUUAUCCAUAUCCUAUCACUCCCUACAGUACAUACUCUAAGGUUUAUGCGCAUUUGCAAUGGAACAGUGAAAAAGGUUGCUUACUGCCUCUUUAAUUAUUGGUGAAAAGUGACUUAUUAUAUUUGCUCAGACGGUCAGUUUUGCAGUACUUUGUGAAAUCUGUGUCACAAUAAAAUUACACUAUUGGUGCAUCUCUACUCGGUAUCUGACAUGAUAUAAUACCAUCAUGUCACCACAUGUCACAUUUAGGCCAGAUGAAACAGGGAGUUGGGGUGGCAUGUGUUCCUCCCAGUACUUCAUAAUCACAUAGUGUAGAUAGCCAUCAAUCAGUAUUUAUACUGGCCUGUGCAUACCUAUCUGUAUUGUGUCACUCAUGAUCACCUGUCACUGUGUACAAAAGAAUUUGACCUCCAUAUAUACACACACCACGCACACUAUCCUACCAUCUACUGUAUAUGUUGGGUAUUGCAGUGUACUGAUCGCCCUAGUUGUAGCUUGAAAUUGCUUUUUUACAAGGAUAAGGGAGUUAUGAAUAUUCAGUAACUGUCAAACAUUAUCCAUCACCCUAUGUGUUACUCUUUUAUGUAACCAGAAAAAGACGAAUGGAAAUACAUAGAUAAAUGUAUGAAGUGUUGUGGACAACUGGGUUACACAUUGUAACUCAAUAUUAACUAUAUCUGUAUAUUUUACUUUUGUUGUAGAAUAUAGGACCACUAUUCUACUCGGACUGCUCUAGGUAACAGCUCAUCUUUUUAUGGAAAGUGAUACAUCUGUUAUUUUGUGUAUCUGUGAAAUAGAUCACUGUAUAGUUAAAAGCUUUUUAUAGUGGCAUGCUCUACUGUUGUACUCAAGAUCAUUCUUAUAUGAAAGCGUCCAUUGCUUCCUAGUUUAAAAUCACAUAUUUGUUGGUAUGCAAUGAACUUAGAGGAAAAAGAAUACACAAUCCACUUUUUUCUGUUGCCUCGUCUUAAUGUCUAAAUCUGACACAAAACUGAACCACAUUACUUUCUGCGGAAACAGAGCUGUGAAGGUGGCAUUUUGAAAUUGCUGAAUCAUUGUCCCUAUGAGAGUAGAUUGAUUAAAGAUGACACCAGACUGCACUGUCUUUUAACUGUGACAGUUGUCUUUACUUUGCUUCCACUGUUGUUGUCAUGAGAUGAUAGGCUUAUUUAUUUUUUAAUGAUAGCUGACACAUUCUGUAUGUACUGUAAACUCGUGCUUUUUUUUACAUUUCCAUCAAAUCUUUAUUAAGCUUGUAUUUGGAACAUGCUUUGCAUUUUCAAGGUUUGUAAUUUACUGUAAACUGUUUUUUGCUGUUUAUG